UGGAACAGCGCCGCCGCAUAAACCUUCCGUAUUAAAGCCUUAACUCUAUCAGCAUACGCGCAUGACAGCUUUCUGCGAGCUUGCCUCUCCUUCGCGAAAUCAUAUGACUUCUUCAUGUCUGAAGACGAAUAAAGCCAACGCUCCCCCGAGGAUCCCUUCCUUGUUUCCAUCGUCCACUGAGACUGCCUCGACAACAAUCCACCCGACAUCUCUUUGCUGUUGUGCUAUUGUUUGUCCUGUUGUUGAGUAGUAGACCAUGUCCACUCCAGCUCCCCAAGCCGCCGCUGGCAAUAUCGCCACAUUCAACAUCCUCCAUGGAUUUCCGGAGGCUCUGGUUCGUGGUAUGCGAUCGUCUUUCCUUGGCGAUCAGGAUUAUCAUCAUUUGACGCAAUGCGAGACUCUGGAUGAUGUGCGCCUGAACUUGACCGAGACGGACUAUGGCGAUGCUAUUGCUGACUUCAACGCUAUUACACCCGCUGUUCUGCAGAAAGCCGCAAUUGAAAAGUUGGUGACGGAGUUCAAGUACUUGCGAACACAAUCAGUGGAGCCACUAGCCACCUUUCUCGAUUUCAUCACCUAUGAAUACAUGAUCGAGAAUGUCAUGCUGUUGUUGAAGGGGGCUCUCAGCGGAAGGGAUAUCAAUGAGCUCAUCGAGCAGUGCCAUCCUCUUGGAAUGUUCAAGGAGAGUACCAUGCGUAGCAUUCCAACAUUCGAAAACUCCGCCAGGGGAUACGCCGACUUGUACCAAACGGUGCUUGUUGAUACUCCUGUUGGUCCUUACUUUGCCAUGUUCUUGCAGGAAAGUUCGGAGCACCAGGGCACUGAUGCUCGUCAUGUUUUGGAGGAAGUGGAGAUUGAAAUUAUCAAGUCUUCUUUGAUCAAGUACUGGAUCGAAGAUUUCUACCACUUUGUCCAGAAAAUCGGAGGCGAGACUGCCGAUAUCAUGGGUGAAUUGCUUCGCGUCCGUGCCGACACCAACGCGAUCAACAUUACGCUCAACUCGUUUGGCACUCCCCUGAACGAACCGGCCAUGCGCUCCUCGGAUCGCAAGCGAUUGUACCCUGCUGUGGGGCACCUUUACCCAGCUGGUACGACGGAAUUGACCGAAGUUUCCAACGAAGAAGAGCUAGGACGUGUAUUGGAUCUCUUUCCUCAGUAUGCUGCAAUCUGGAGCAUGCACGCUUCGGGAGGAGACAAGAGCAUUGACGAUGUCUUUUACGAGCGUGAUGUCCAAUCUCUCGAGUUGGCAUUCGAAAGCCAAUUUCAUUUUGGUGUUUUUUACGCCUACGCAAAGCUCAAGGAGCAAGAAAUUCGUAACUUGGUCUGGAUUUCCGAGUGCAUCCUCCAACAGCAAAAGGAUGAAAUCAACAAGUUUGUCCCUGUGUUUAGUUUCCAUUCUCCUUGGCGUGGAUCGAAGAGACGAUAAACUGCUUGUAUCGGAGGAGGAAGGAGGCUUCGCAACAGCAUCUAGCGUCGCCCGGAAUCAAUUCUACGGGUUGUGUGUUGGUUCGUUGACUUCUGAACAGAAACCAAUCGGAGAUCAACCAAUGCACUGCACCACAAUCCGGCACUCUUUGUGGACUAAGCAUUGACCUUUUGACCAUGAAAGCAUUCACAAGUAUCGGUCUUUCCCAUAGACAUUUAAACAUUUAGUCAAGUAGCAUUGAAUGAAUG